AUUCUGCAGCAACAUGGACAGAUCAACAAAGGUUGACAAAAAAUAUUGUAGCUGAGGAAUACAGGCUGUGGAAAACAAGUUACGUAAGAACUCAACAAUAAAACUAGCGAAACUGCUGAGCUGCACAUCAAGGCUGAAAAAUAUAGAAUUAGAAGGUGACGCUUGAUCCGUCUCCGAUCUGCUGAUGCGCUUCCAUUGCUUUUAACAUGUGCUUUACCAGGUUCUGACGUGGAGACUUACAAUAGUAAGGAAGGUAGGACUAGUGUACAGUAGUGUGCUGUGUUCUUUCACUCUACUGCUCACUGUAAGCAUCUGAUUUUUUAAUACGCUGUAUGACUGCAUUAACAUCAACAAUGACUCCUCAUGAAGGUUGAAAAAUACUGAUGAGCACAGGUAUCAGACAUUUGACACCAGCGUCAUGUCCUGGACACCAGAGACUUUUUGCUGUGGUUCCAAAUGAUAAUGACAAUUAACUGAUUAACAUAAACGUUCUGAUGUGUAUUAGAAUGUUUCGUCAGGAUUUCAGCUGAUGAUAUAAUUGCAGUGUGACCAGCAUCAUGCUCUUCUUCAUCGUCCUCCGUCUUCCCUCCUUUAAAAAGCCGCAUGUGCUGUUACUGACAUCUAAUUUUCCGACGCUGUCAGUGGGGAUCAAGAAAAAAUCUAAGGUCCCUGGGGUGAUGAUUACACAGUUUGUGGAGACACUGCCGGAGGGAAUGAGCCAUCCUGACUUCACCCGCAAACCGAUAGCUUUGACCAUCCAAGAGGGCAAAUUUGCUUUUUUCAAAGCCAUUGUCACUGGAGAGCCAAAGCCCAGUGUAACAUGGAGCAGAAACAACGGGGACGUGUCAGAUGCAUCAAGAUAUCAGACCAGAUACGAUGCCAAUUCAAAUGAACAUACAUUUGAGAUGCCGAACGUCAGGCCUGAUCAGGCUGACACCUAUAAGUGCUUUGCCACUAAUGAAUAUGGACAAGCCAUGGUCACAGUAGUUCUGAAUGUUAUCGAAGUUGGUUUCAAGAAAACAAAAGCUCAGCAACAAGCAGAAGCCACAGAUGGAAAAUUUACAACGGUAUUAAAGAGAAGAAGCAAGGUCCGUCCCAAAUCGGAUCAAACUCAGAAAAAAGAGGGGGAAAUAGAUCCCAAGUUUUGGGAACUCUUACUCAGUGCUGACAAGAAGGACUAUGAGAAGAUCUGUGCAGAGUUCGGAGUCACUGACUUUCGCUGGAUGCUCAAAAAACUGAAUGAAAUGAAGGAAGAACGAGAAAAAGAACAAGCUGAGUUCGUGCGGAGCAUUUCCAACUUGAGACCUAUUCAGGUUAAUGCAGAUGGUACUGCAUCCUUUGAGAUCGACUUGGACCUGCUUGAACAAAGCCGAUCAAUCUACCUUUAUAAGGAUGGUGAAAUGAUCCCAUAUACAAAGGAGCUGGGAGAUAAAAUGAAGCACAGCCUUAAACAAGUAGGGAAAAAGUACAUCUUCAGUAUAAGGGACCUCAUGCCGGACGAUGCUGGACUGUACCAGCUGGAUGUAGAGGACGUUAAUAUGUUUUCCACUGAUUUCAAAAUUCCCACAGUGGAAUUCCUGGUGAAAAUUCAGGAAGUGAAGGCAAAGGAGAGAGAAGAUGCUGUUUUCGAGUGUGUCCUGUCCAACCCUUUCUCCAAGAUUUUGUGGUUUGGCAAGAAUGUGCCACUUGAACAAGGAGAUAAAUACGACAUUGAGGUUUCAGAAGACAAGCUAAUUCACAGACUGGUGGUCAAAGACUGUAUGGCUGUGGACAAAGGGAUUUACUCUGCCUGUGCGGGGAUAAAGUCCUGCAACGCAUGGCUAAUCGUUGAAGCUGAUAAAGAAGUGCAAACGGGGAAAAAAACAGCAAGGAAAACAACAAGGGCAGGAGGAUCAGGAAUGGACCUGCACAAGGUUGCCCAGGAGCAACACACCAAAUUAGAGAAGGAGAGGGAGGAGAGGAAUGAACAGAUUAAAGCUGCUAAAGAAGCACCUCUGGUCGAGGCCCCUCAAGCUCCUGCAUCCAAUAAGGUUCCAGCUAAGACUGACCCUGAGGCCCCGAAAGACCCUCAACCAAGAGUGUCAAACAAACCAGCAGCAGUGGCUACGAGUCAACUAGCUGUUGAAAUCAUGAGCAAUGGUCACUCAGCUGAGCUGGACAACACUGGUGAAGAAGAAGCAAAAGGGCCUGGAAUCACCGCUGGACUUUCUGAUGUUUAUGCUCUUUAUGGAAAGUCAGCUGAAUUAACUGUGGAGACGAACAUAGACUCUGAAGGUACCUGGUUCAAAGAUGGAGAAGAGAUGAAGUCAGGUUUUGGAGUCAUCUUAACCAAACAAGGAACUUCCCACAAGCUGACAAUCCAAAACUGCAGCAGCGCCGACUCUGGACUUUAUCGUUUUGUGACAGGGGAACACAGCACACAGGGGAAGAUCAUUGUUGGAGAUGUGCCUGAAUUUAACCCCGACGACCUUCACAAGUUCUCAAAGCCUGUGACGGUCAGAGUGGGCCAGAACGCUGCUUUUAAGAUGCCCUUCAGUCCUCAAGACUCUUUGGUGGUCACCUGGUUCAAAGACGGCGCAGAGAUCAAAGAUGGAGGCGGCGUGAAAAUCGUACGGGAGCCCGGUCACAGCCGGCUGCUGCUCAGAGACUGCCUGCGGACAGACACCGGGGAAAUAAAGCUCCAACUCAAAAGCCCGUUCGGGGCUGUGGAGGCUACAACUCAGCUUAUUGUGCUUGAUCGACCAGGUCCACCUGAGGGUCCGGUGCAGACUGUGGAAACCACUUCAUCUAUAAUUGAGAUCAAAUGGAAGCCUCCCAAAGACGACGGCGGAUCUGCUGUCUCCAACUACAUCGUGGAGCGCCAGCAGACAGGACAAAGCCUCUGGACAAAACCUGGGGACGUCUCUGCUGACCGGACCUCCUUCAGAGACAGGAAUGUGACUCACGGAAAGAAAUACAACUAUCGCAUCUACGCCGUAAACCCAGAGGGCAUCAGCGACGCCUUGGAGACAGCCGACAGCAUCAUGGCUGGAAUAAUGAUCCUUUCCGGGCCACCUGGGGCCCCUCAAGUUGUUAGUACAUCUAAGAGCUGCAUCAAAUUAAAGUGGACGGCCCCAGAGGACGACAGAGGCGUGACCAUCGUCGGCUAUCAAGUCGAGAAACGCAAGAAGGACACAAGCCACUGGAUCGCUCUGAAUGCGCUAAAUGAACCCAUUAAAGAUGUGAAAUAUGCAGUUAAAGAAGUCACUGAGGGAGCAGAGUACGAGUUCAGGGUUUCAGCUAUAAAUGAGUCGGGUUCAGGAGAUCCAAGCCCUCCCUCUGUCAUAGUGUGUGCAAAGAAUCCCAACAUGAGACCUUGUUUUAAAGACCCAGAGGACUUCAUUGUUGUCAGAGCAGGAAAUUCUGCUCGUGUGAAGAUUUUCCAUGAGGCUGAACCUCCAGCUCAGAUCACUUGGCUGAAGGACGGUGAGCCAGUAUCAGCGUGGAUUAACAUCAUUAACACCGAGGGAUUGUCUCAGCUCAUUAUUCCCUCAUCAAAGCGAUCAGAUUCAGCCGUCUACACUAUCAAAGCCAAAAACUCAGUGGGCGAGGCUUCCUUUGACGUGGACGUCCGAGUCACAGAUGAACCCGAGGCCCCGGGUCCAGUGGAGCUACAGCAGACAGUCCACAGCAAAGUGGUGAUAUCGUGGGCUCCAUCUGCUGACGAGGAGCUCGACGACCGCCUGUACUACAGGGUGUCUCAAUACGACUCCAGCACCAGGGUGUGGAAGACCAUCGCUGACCGGCUCUUCACCAACACCUACACCGCCAACAACAUCCUGUCUGGGAUACAGUACCAGUUUCGCGUAUAUGCCAGAAACGACGUGGGCAUCUCAGACCCGUCUCAGUCACCUUCAUGGGGCAGUAACAGCAGCAGAGUCCCCACAGCUUCAAACAGAGUUCAGGCGUCAGCUCUGUGCUUGGAGAGACCUCCGUCCAUCUUGGUGCCUCUGAAGAUGCACACGCCACCAAAAGGCUACCAGCAUCUCAUGACGUGUGCCAUCCGAGGGUGCCCGACGCCCACGGUGUCCUGGUACCUGAACGACGUCUGCAUCAGCUCGGACAGCAACUAUUACAUCACCAACUUGUUUGGCGUGUGCUCCCUGUACAUUCUCAGAGUCCAACCAAAGGACAGUGGUGAAUAUAAGGUGGUUGCAGUCAACUCGUUCGGCCAAGCAGAGUGUUCUACUAAGAUUAUUGUUAAAGAUUAAAAGGCUACGCACUUCCUCCUCUUACCAAGAGUACUUUUGAAAAAAGUACCCGAAGUACAUUAGUUUACAAGAAAGUACCUAAGGCAUAUGAUGCAAACUACUAAAUUAACCUCAACAUUAUUAAUGCAGCUGAGUUUAGUACAUAAAGUGACAGAAACAACUGUUACUGUAAAUGGUCAAGCUUUGUGACAUGCAAUAAAUACAUGUACUG